UCUUCUCGCACUUGCCCGCAACUCGACUUGCAUCUGCAUCCGUAUCUUGCAACUGCACUGACUCGUACGACCGCCUUGUCUUUUCUCACUCACUCUCUCCUCUCUUUUGCCCAAUAAGGCCCAUCACCAUGUUCCCCAACUCCGCUUACGGCUACGGCGCCUACAUGCACGCGCAACAUGUGCUCGAGCAGCAGGAACUGGCCGCCGAGCAGCAGCGCCAGCCGCACUCGCACCUGCAACUGCAACUGCCGCAGCACCAGCAGCUCAAGCCAUCGCCCAUAGAUGUUCAAGACGGCGUGAUGCCAAUGUCAGGCGUGCUUAAUUUUGGCCCAGUCAAAAUCCCCAUCCCCGCCGCGGCUGGUGCGGGCGCAGGUAGGAAGCGGAAGGCCAAUGACGAGGAGGAUGUGCAUGAUGGCUUUGCCGGCAACCUGGCAGAACGUCGGAAGCUCUCUCUGCCACGCUGCAUGCCUGGCACGAUGGACCAGGAAGCCAAGUUCCAUCCUCUGCCUGAAGAUCUCAACCGGCAGAUGCUGGCAGGUCUCAACAUGCUUCCAGGCCAAGGAAAUGCAGCUGCUCUGUACAAGACGCUGCAGCUAGCCUCUCAGCAGCAAUCCACGCCCAUUGUCUUUCCUGGCUCCUCGCAUUCUCCAUCCUCGCCCGCGUCCGAGCUGCCGCCUGGCACGCCAUGCGAUGGCUUCUUCGGCUCACGCACACUUGCCAACAACGGUGGCGUUGCGUACCCCGAUUUUGCACUCUACCCCGCCGCUGGCUCUUCAUCUGAUGCCACCAGCACAUCCCGCUCGCGCAUCGACUCGUCCGCGUCGGGUAGCUCCUCUGCGCAAUCCACUGCUUUCGGCAUCUUCGAGCCUGCCAUUGGCGCCAUGCCCGAGUCCUGCGGUGGCAGCACCGAAGACGGAAAGGGGAUGUGCGUCGACGGCUUCCCAGCCGGUGGCGCUGCGGACGGGUCUCGGGCGUGGGAUGCUAGCAUGCCCUCGUACCCGCCUCCGCCGCCCCAAGGUCACGGGCCGCACUGCAAGUCCAUUCCGCAGCUCAGCGUCAGGCACUACGACGGCGCGCGCAGCGAGCUGUGGGCUACAUGCACUGACUGCGGCGCGUCGACACGGGUUCAGGAGAGUCAGCCGGCUACCGGCAUGUGCUACUCGCCGUGAUCUCUCUCCCUCUUGUUUCCUUGCACCUGCGCUCCGCUCCGCUCCGUCCCGCCUCGCUUCUCCUUGUUUUGCCUCGUUUCCUCCCAACCCAUGUUUGUAUCAGUAGGUGGCUUCCCUUCCGCAUGUCACUGGGCCAAGUCAAAUCAAAAUUCAAGUAUUCCG